AUGGACGGGGAAGGGACAGAGGGGAUCGUCGCCCUUAAGCCGGAAGCAAGCCGGCCGGCGGGGUCGAGGAUCCCUUCUCGAGACGGCCAGAGCUCCUCCCGCAAGCUCGGCGACCUCCUGAAGCGCCUCCGCGACAGCACCAAUUUCGCCGGCGGCGGCUCCGGCAAUGACGAAGAAGACGAAGAAGAGGAUUUCUGGACGCUCCCCCCGGCGACGCCCUCUCCCCACCACCGGCUACUGGCCCUCAGCCGGGGUGGUUCUCCGGCGGCCGGCGAAGGCCUCCUCGGCCGGCCGCCACCCUUCGUGCUCUCCUUCUCGGAGCUCACUUACAGCGUCAAACUCCGCCGGCGAACCUUCCCCUUCGCCGGCAGCAAGGAACAGGAGACCAAGCUUCUGCUGGACUCUGUCUCAGGGGAGGCGAGAGAGGGGGAGAUCCUCGCCGUGCUCGGGGCUAGCGGCUCCGGCAAGUCGACCCUCAUCGACGCCCUCGCCGGAAGGAUCUCUCGGGGGAGCCUCCGCGGCACCGUGGCGCUCAACGGCGAGCCUCUCCACCGGGGGCGGCAGCUUCUGAAAGCCAUCUCCGCCUACGUGAUGCAGGACGAUCUGCUUCACCCGAUGCUCACCGUCGAGGAGGUGCUCACUUUCGCGGCGGAGUUCCGCCUCCCCCGGUCCAUGCCCACGGCCAGGAAGCGCCAGAGGGUGCAGGCCCUGAUCGACCAACUGGGCCUCCGCGCCGCCGCCGGCACCAUCAUCGGCAACGAGCGCCGCCGCGGGGUCUCCGGGGGGGAGCGGCGGAGGGUCUCCAUCGGCGCCGACAUCGUCCACGACCCCAUCGUCCUCUUCCUCGACGAGCCCACCUCGGGGCUCGAUAGCUCCUCCGCCUUCCAGGUGGUGCAGGUCCUGCAAGGGAUCGCCCGCUCCGGCAGCGUGGUGGUCAUGUCCGUGCACCAGCCUAGCUCCCGAAUCCUCAGCCUGCUCGACCGCCUCCUCUUCCUCUCCCGCGGGCGAGCUCUAUACAGCGGCCCCCCCGCCGGCUUGCCGGAGUUCUUCGCCGGGUUCGGCCACCCGGUGCCGGAGAAGGAGAGCCGCACCGAGUUCACCCUCGACCUCAUCCUCGAGCUCGAGAUCUCCCCCGGCGGCACCGACGCCCUCGCCGAGUACUACUCCCGGUGGCGCGCCGCCCACCCCGUGGACCCUUCCGCCGGCGGCGGCGCCGCCAGGAUGUUCACCUUGCGGGACGCCAUCAGCGCGAGCGUCUCCCGCGGGAAGCUCGUCUCCGGUGCCGCCGCCGUCGCCGGAGAACGGCGGGGGGAGAAGAAGAGGGGAAACCAGCGCGGCUCUGGCGUGCCCGCGUUCGCCAACCCCUUCUGGGUGGAGGUGCAGGUGCUCACACGCAGGUCCUUCACCAACGCACGCCGCCAGCCGGAGCUCGUCGCUGUGUGGCUGGGCGCUCUGCUGGUCACCGGCCUCAUGCUCGCCGCCGUGUUCUGGAAGCGCGACCUGUCGGCGUUGGGCGUGCAGGAGCGCCUCGGCUUCUUCGCCCUCGCCGUCACUACCACCUACUUCACCUGCGGCGAGGUCCUGCCGGAGUUCCUCCAGGAGCGCUACAUCUUCAUCCGCGAGACCGCCCACAACGCCUACCGCCGCUCCUCCUACGUCCUCGCCAGCACCGUCGCCAGCGUGCCCUCCCUCCUCCCUCUCUCCCUCACCCUCGCCACCGUCACCUUCUUCGCCGUCGGCCUCCACGGCGGCGCCUCCGGCUUCCUCUUCUACCUGCUCGUCAUCUUCGCCUGCUUCUGGACCGGCAUCUCCUACAUGACCUUCCUCUCCGGGGUCAUCACCGACGAACGCCUCGCCUUCACCGCCGUGGUGGCCACCCUCUCCUGCUUCUUCCUCCUCGCCGGCUUCUUCGUCUCCCAGGACCGCCUCCCCCGCUUCUGGCUCUGGCUCCAUUACCUCUCCCUGGUCAAGUACCCCUACGAGGCCGUCAUGCACAACGAGUUCGACGAUCCUCGCCGCUGCUUCGUCACCGGCGAGCAGAUCUUCGACAGGACGGCGCUCGCCGGAACGUCGCUGGAGCUGAAGGUGAGGCUGCUCCAGGCGCUGGGGUCGGCGCUGGGGGUCAACAUCACUGCGGGUACCUGCAUAGUCAACGGCCCCUACGUGCUGCGGCUGCAAGGGAUCACCGACCUCGCCAAGUGGACCUGCGUCUGGAUCUUACUCGCCAUGGGCGUCCUCUACCGGGCCCUCUUCUACCUCGCCCUCCUCUUUGGCAGCAGGAACAAGCGCCGCUAG